AUGGAAGGAAUUCAGUAUAUUGAGCUCAUGGAGAUAAGUAAAGAUUAUUGUAAUCUAUUUCGUGAAUUGUACAGAAUAAGGAGAUUCAAUGAAGAAGAAAUAAAUAACUUUUACAAUGAAAUCAAAAGAAAAUUAAUUGAUACCAAAAUUUGUUCUCCAGAAAAGAUUCUCGACGAGAUAAUAUGUGCAUCCAAAUACAACAAUGGCUCGUAUAAAUCAUAUUGGUUUAUAUUCGAAAAGAUCCUUAAUGAUUAUCAUAUAUCCGAUGAACUCAAUUCUGAGGUUUUUGGUAUUAAUUAUCACAAUCAGUGUCAAAAGUAUUCAUUAGAAAUUCAUGAGCCAGGUUCAAUUUACAGAGCAAUUAUGGAAGAUGAUAAUAAAUCAUUCAUUGCAAUAAUUGAAAGUGAUGGAUCUUACGAGAAUAAAUUACUGUAA